AUGGGAUCAUUCUGGAAAAAAUGGAAGAACCUUAUCAUUGGUCUAUGCAUUGGAACAACGAUAGCUGGCCUUGGUUUUGGUCUCGGAUUCGGCUUGACAAGAGAAUCAUGCGAUAAAGAUGAGACCACAACAACCACGUCGCCAAUUUCAACGACGACUCAAACUACAACGACUACUCCAACAACAACAACGACUCCAACUCCAACGACUCCUCCGCCAACGAAGAACUCUGUCGACAUUUUAACAAAAGGGGGCUACAUUCGUGGUUACACCUGGUUCGAAGAGGGUGACGACGAUCCUGGUCUUGGCGAUCCAGCACGACUUGUGAACAAUGAGCACUAUAGUAUAGUAUUUAAAGGCAUUCCAUACGCAUUACCGCCAGAGGGUGAGUACAGAUGGAAAAGCCCGCGCCCCAUUAAGACAUGGGGAUAUCACAAUGCUAGGUAUUACGCACCGUUUUGUGCACAAGGUGAUAGCAGCUACGCUCCCAUCAGUAAAGAAGACUGUCUCUUCUUGAACAUUUUCGUCUCAAAAGAAUCUUUCGAAAAGGGGCGUAAAAUACCUGUGGCCAUUUGGUUCCACGGUGGAGCCUUUGCAGGUGGAGCAGGAGGAAAUCCACUUUACGAUGCAAGAUUUGUGGCGCCAAUGAUGGACAUGGUCGUCGUUACCGUCAACUACAGACUUGGUCCUUUUGGCUUCAUGGCGUUGGAGAAGACAGAAGAGGGUGAGACUACUAAUGCUAAUUGGGGAUUCUUGGAUCAGCAAGAGUCGAUUCGGUGGGUCAGGGAACACAUUGAUGCGUUCGGAGGAGACCCGGAAAAAAUCAUGAUUUUUGGACAAUCAGCAGGCGGGGUCAGCACACUCUUGCACUUGCUUCACUCAAGUGACAUGAUAAAUAGUGUUGUAUCACAUUCGAAUCCCCUCGCGAUCCCGAUGAAAGAAAAUUGGGAAGGACAAAAGCAAGCUUGGCAAUUCGCCGACACUGCUGGCUGCAUCAAUGAUCAGAUAACAUCACCUGAAGAUAGAAAUGCAUGUCUUCGUGCACUAGAUAAGGAUGCUGUGAUGCGAGUUCGUCGCCAAAUGCCACAGUUAGUCAAUCCCGAUCGACUUUUUACUCUUGCUAUGAAGUUUUUGCCCAUGGUUGACAAUAGUAUCAUGCACAGACAGCCCUUUUGGGAUCUCGUCGAGGGAAAAUACAACAAGAACAUCAAUAUCAUGGCUGGGUCCGUGGAGCACGAAACGGAAAUAUACGUAAGAUCUGUUUGGGGAAGUCCUAUCAGCGGUGCCGAGGCAACUGCUGGAGUUCGAGCUAUUGUUCAUGACCAAGAAAAAUUUGACAAGAUUAUGGAUCGAUACGACGUAAUCUGUAACACACCAGGUUAUGAUCCGAAUGAUCCUAAAUGGGGAAAUACAACAUCAGAUUUUAAUCCAAAGGAAUGCAUCGAUAGUCUCUGUGGGGCUCUUGGCAUUUGCGAGGGUGUUGCUGGCGCACCUGCUCUAUCUCUCAUUGAAGGAGUUUGCAACGGCAUCUCUGACGCGCCCUGUCUGCAAAAAGGCCCAAAACAUGAUGAUCGUGAUGUCAUUGAAGAGCCGGCAACCGACUGGGUUUUCACAUGCCCACUGCGCAAGUUUUAUAAAGAACACAAUGCCAAAAAUCUGUACGCAUAUCACUUCCGUGCUGGAAUGCCUAUUGACUUUGCCCAUUUUCCACAUGGUGGUUUCAGAACCUAUGAUAGGUGCCACAUCGUCUCCUGCCAUGCUGCCGACUUGCAAUAUACAUUCGAAGCUGAAGAAAGCCUGAACUGUACUUAUAUCAAUGCGGAAAAUAGUGAAUUCAUGCAGUGCGAUUCGGAUGGAAACCCAUUUGGAACAAUGCCAUUCAAAGAAUACAAACUCAUGGAAAGAUACAUGCAUCGAUAUUGGGGAAAUUUUGUUCGAAACGGCGACCCUAACGAUCAAAGCGGUGCUUGGUACCCGAAAAUAAUCCAAGAUAUUUACGAUUCUGACCCAGAUCUGCCAGAAUGGAAGAGCUUCAAUGACGGAAAUACGUAUAUGCACUUUGGAUACAACGAGCUCACCCCUAACAAUGAACGAUUGGUUACGCGCAGCGAAAGUGGAUUCAAAACUGAAACUUGCGACUUCUGGGAUGGUCUAGAUCUAUAUGCAAACAGAUAA